UCAACCCACACUUAGAGAGGUGGAAUCACAUAAAACCGAAUCGGUCUCAGUCAGCAGGCAGUGAGUGAUAUUCCAGAUUGAGUUGCGGGUCUGUUAUUCUCGUAAACAAGGGGGGAGAUCAACAACGUCACGCAGGACUACUGUUUCAGUCGCAGUAAACAACUUUUAACCAUCGCCACCGCAAAUUGAUUGUAGGCCUGUAGUCUGCUAUUACACCGACGCUACACCGCCAUCAUGCCUAGUCUGCGACAGUCUUACACCGUGACGGUGCCGGAGGAGUCGCCGGCAACCGCUUUCCCGUUCCUAAAAACGGACCUGCGCAGGAAGAGUCCUCCAAUGUCGCGGUCAAUGUUGAUGUCCACAUUUGUGGGUCUGCUUAUCAAUCAAGCCAAGAACUCCAAGAGUCCUCAAGGCCUAGUGGGACUGAGAAACCUCGGCAACACAUGUUUCAUGAACUCGAUCCUGCAGUGUCUGAGCAACACUCCUGACCUGAGGGACUACUGUCUGAGGAACACACACCGCACCGAACUCAACAACAACUGCAGAGCCAAGGCUGCUCUCAUGGAGGAGUUUGCCAAACUCACUCAGACCCUAUGGACGUCAGUCAGCAGCGAGGCCAUCAGUCCCUCAGACUUCAAGACCCAGAUCCAGAGAUACGCGCCCAAAUUUGUGGGAUACAAUCAGCAGGAUGCUCAGGAGUUCCUGCAUUUCCUAUUGGACGGCCUCCACAACGAGGUCAACAGGGUCACAGUGCGGCCCAGGCUCCCGUCCGAGGACAUUGACCACUUGCCUGACAAUGAGAAAGGGAAGAGAAUGUGGAACAAAUACCUAGAGAGAGAGGACAGCAAAGUGGUUGAUCUGUUUGUGGGCCAGCUGAAGAGCUCUCUGACCUGCAGUGAGUGUGGUUACUGCUCCACUGUGUUCGAUCCAUUCUGGGACUUGUCACUACCCAUCGCUAAGAAAGGUUCAGGGGAGGUGAGUCUGACAGACUGCAUGCGACUCUUCACUAAAGAAGACGUACUGGAUGGAGAUGAGAAACCGACAUGCUACAGGUGUAAAACCAGGCGGAAAUGCACUAAGAAGUUCACCAUUCAGAAGUUCCCUCAAAUCCUUGUGCUUCACCUCAAGCGCUUCUCAGAGAACCGUGUUCGAACUAGUAAGCUCUCCACCUACGUCAACUUCCCCCUCAAAGAGCUGGACAUGAGAGAAUUUUGCUCUGAGAACAGCAUGAAUACAGUGUAUAAUCUCUAUGCCGUGUCCAACCACUCUGGGAACACGCUGGGUGGCCACUACACAGCCUACUGCAGGAACCCAGCCCUUGGGGAGUGGUACAGCUACAAUGACUCCAGGGUGAGCCCCAUGUCAUCCAGCCAGGUCCGCAGCAGUGAUGCCUACGUGCUCUUCUAUGAGCUGGCCUCCUCCUCUCAUUCACGCCUGUGAACAUGUCAUGGACAUGUCAUGGACAUAUGGGCUACAUAAAGCCUGGCAGCCUGGUCAUAUGGAUGACAUAUGCAAUGAGCCUAUUAGGCCUGUGUAUGGGUCUGAUGGUUGAUGUUUGAGCCUUGCUCUGUGGACUGCAUACAGUAUACUCUAUGUUUAUACAGGAGCCCUUGGCACUAUGGAUUUAUCUUCAGCACAUAGGCUGCACUGUACUGCCAGGAUACAGAGAUUGAGUUGUGGUUCAACCAUCUUCCGGGGACAUUGGGAAGAGCAUUGGGACAAUGGGAAGGCCCUUCCCAGCUAAAAACAUGUCCUCUAAAUAUCAUUGAAAGUCCCGGGGACGUGUGUGUGUGUGUGUGUGCGUGUGCGUGUUCGUGUGUGUGUGUGCGGUCACCAUGCAGACGGCGAAGAUGCCUCUCUGUGCACUACAACGAGGACUGUAUGACCCCACGCCGGAGUUGUCAUUCGUUUCAAGGUCACCACUGAGACAUGAAAGACUUUAUCACUCUGACCUUCCGUUCUGUAAAUGAUUCUAUUUAAAUUAGAUGUCAUCAUAUCUGUGACUUUAGAGAUGGGAUGACUCUCUACCACCAUCUGUUGGUGUGCUGUGGUUGUAGGUUUUGCACAACCUCAUCUUCCUCCCGUUUCAAUAGGACUGUGUGUGUGUGCGUGCUGUGUGUGCAUGUGUGAAAGAGAGAGACAGAGAGAGCGGUCCCUCUCCAACUUCAAACUAGUGGUGGAGAUAUCAUGCCAUUGAAAAACGAGAUUGAGAGAAACUACAUCUCUAGCUAUGUUUUUUAUGACUAAAUGCGUACUUUUGUAUUUAUAAAACAAGGUGAAUGUAACUACUGUUGUUCUAAUUAUUAAAAUAUCACUAUUUUUCAAGUUUCAAG